GUGUUCAUCGUUAUCCACUCUGGUGAUGGUGUGGACGGAUGCAUUUCCUCCAAUCUCGACGCUUUUCUUCCUCUCUCUUUCAUGGCCACCGCGUCCCCUCCUCUCCCCCGUAAUUACUUUUUCUCCACUGCCCGGCCUCCAUCCCUCCGCCCCCAUCCGCCGCCGGGCGCCGUAGCUUUGCCGCUCCGCGGCUUCCGAUAUCCGACCUUGCGGAGCGGAGGGAAGGUGAGAUGCUCGGCGGCGGAGGUGUCUUCUCCGGCAGCAACGGCAGAGGAGAAUUGGGUGCCGGUGGUACCGGUGACGGCGCUGCCGAAGGGGGAGAGACGCGUCAUCAUACAGGACGGAGAGACGAUUCUGCUUCUUUGGUACAAAAACGAGGUGUUUGCAAUCGAGAACAGGUCUCCGGCGGAGGGCGCUUACAGCGAGGGACUCCUCAACGCCAAGCUCACUCAGGAUGGUUGCAUUGUGUGCCCAUCAACUGAUAGCACGUUUGAUCUAAGAACCGGAGCCACCCGAGAAUGGUAUCCGAAGAACCCAGUUCUAAGAGUCCUAACUCCUGCACUCAGAAACCUCUUCGUGUACCCAGUCAAAGCCGAUGAAGAGAACAUCUAUAUCAGCAUGAGAGGUGGGGUGCAGUCAGAUGCAUCCACCGAGAUCGUCUUCAGCGGCAAAGCUCAGCCCGGUGUCACUGCCACCGACGUCAACGUGGAAGAGGUGAGGAUGGUGGUGGAUGAGGAUCUUGAGGGGUUUGGUUUCACGGUGAAGAACGAAGUGAUAAACGGGAAAGCGGCGGUGGUAGGCUUCUUGCUGCUCUUAGAUUUCGAGCUCUUGACAGGUAAAGGUCUGUUAAAGGGGACUGGUUUCUUGGACUUUCUCUACUCUGUUUCAGAUGCUUUCAAUUAAUCAUGUUAUACCCCUCCUCAUCUCUCAAUGUAUACAUAUCACAAUAGAGAUGGCUCUUCCUACUCUUAUGUAAUGUUAUGCUUGCACCAUUGUGCUAUCCAAAAUUUUCUCCAAUACCAUUGGGGGACCGUUGCA